AUGCCCAGAGAAAUCAUCACAAUCCAAGCAGGCCAAUGCGGCAACAACGUCGGCAGCCAGUUCUGGCAACAGCUGUGUCUCGAACAUGGCAUAAACCAGGAUGGGAAUUUGGAGGAGUUCGCAACUGAGGGCGGAGAUCGCAAAGAUGUUUUUUUCUACCAGAGUGAUGACACAAGGUAUAUUCCUCGAGCGAUUCUGCUCGAUCUCGAGCCUAGGGUGAUCAAUGGCAUUCAAACCGGACCCUAUCGAAAUAUCUACAAUCCCGAGAAUUUCUUCAUAGACCCCCAGGGAAGCGGAGCAGGAAAUAACUGGGCUGCGGGAUAUGCGCAGGGUGAACACGUGCACGAGGAGAUCUUUGACAUGAUUGACCGGGAAGCUGAUGGCAGUGAUUCGCUGGAGGGUUUCAUGUUACUGCACUCUAUCGCGGGAGGGACGGGCUCCGGCCUGGGAAGCUACAUGCUCGAACGGAUGAAUGAUCGAUUUCCUAAGAAACUUAUACACACAUACUCGGUGUUUCCAGAUGGACAGGCGGCAGAUGUCGUUGUCAACCCGUACAACAGUCUCUUGACGAUGCGGCGAUUGACGCAAGAUGCUGACUCUGUUGUCGUACUGGACAAUGGCGCUCUAUCGAGAAUUGUUGCCGAUAGAAUGCAUGUGCAGGAGCCGUCGUUUCAACAGACAAACCAAUUGGUUUCAACGGUCAUGUCAGCGUCAACAACUACACUUCGCUACCCUGGCUACAUGCACAACGAUCUCGUCGGCAUCAUCGCCUCUCUCAUACCCACACCCCGCGCACACUUCCUCGUCACAUCAUUCACACCAUUCACAAGCGAUAACAUCGAGCAAGCAAAGACGGUGCGAAAAACUACAGUCCUUGACGUCAUGCGACGGCUCCUCCAGCCCAAAAACCGCAUGGUCUCAGUCACACCGAGCAAAUCGAGCUGCUACAUAAGCAUUCUAAACAUCAUCCAGGGCGAAGCAGACCCGACAGAUGUGCACAAAUCGUUAUUGCGAAUCCGUGAACGGCGUCUGGCCUCGUUCAUUCCCUGGGGCCCUGCCAGUAUACAGGUUGCGCUGACUAAGAAAUCGCCUUAUAUUCAACAUACGCACCGCGUCAGUGGGCUGAUGCUUGCUAACCACACAUCGGUUGCGACGUUGUUCAAACGCAUUGUGCAGCAGUAUGAUAGACUGAGGAAGCGAAAUGCCUUCCUGGAUCAGUAUAAGAAAGAAGCGCCCUUUUCGGAAGGACUGGGUGAGUUUGAUGAGGCCAAGGCUGUUGUGGUUGAUUUGAUUAAGGAGUAUGAGGCUGCAGAGAGGGACGAUUAUUUAAAUCCGGAUGCUGGACAGAAGGAGAACGCUGCAUAA